GCACAGACACCACAACCUGCUGCUGAACAAAACUAAAAUAGUUUUCAAAUUUAGUUUUCGGUUUUUGAUUUAUUUUUUGCCAUUGCGUUUGGCGUUCGUGAAAGUCUCAAGUCUUGCUUGCUAGCCAGGCGCUGGCACUAGUAGUAGAAGCUCGAUCUCUUUACUCCGCUUCAGCUCGUUAGACUCUAGAGCGAGGAGCUUGCAAAUUUAAGCGCUAGCAGAACACAGCUGAAAACUUAUUUAAGGACCGUACAAAAAGAAUAAUCAACAUAGAAGUCAAGCGUGGGAAUUGCGUAUACGCCGCGUUCUUUGACUAAGCGACUAAUUAAAAUCUCGACAAAGUCAGUUAAAUAUACGGUUUUCAGAGUGUGUGAAGUGCGGCUAAAUUGAAAUAAAAAACAACUACAACGAAAAAACAAAAACCUCCAAGCAGUGAGACAAAUUUUGUAUUAAAAAAUUUAAAUGCGAGCAAACUUUUGCAAGAGCCAUAAACAAAUUGUAAUAAAAUAUGGUGUAUAGCGUGCGCCAAUACUGUGCCAAUUUCAAAACGACUUAGCAACAAUUGCACUGGACAAUAAUUAUAACAGCAACAACAACAAUAACAAUUCAAACGACUCGAGAAAUAUAGAAAGCCAACAAUCAACUUUAGGAACAACAAUAACAACGCCAGCAACUACAACACGGGAUUAAAAAACCACAACAACAAUAACGAGAACAACAACAAAUGUGGUGGGUGCAUUGCCAUUGACAAACUCAUUUUGUAGCCCUGAAGCUGAAGCAUGAUUCAGCUGCUGCCCAAAUGAAUCACACGGCGUCAGCCUGGAUAAUGCCAAGAAAGUCCAACUGCAUUAAGAACAAAAGAUACGCAAUUUAAUAAGAAAACCAAACAACAACAAAACAACGAUUAACACUGCUCAGCGACGAAGACAUGGCACACUUUUGUUGGCAACUCAAAUUCGUAUUUCUGCUGCUCAUGUUGUGCUGUGUUAAUGCGCGACCCGCACCCGUUCCCGCGCCAGCUGGACGACAAAGUGAGCUCAUUGCUGGCAAUGAGUUCCUCAAGCUGUUGCUCAAUCACGACGCACCGCAGCGCAGUCUGCACAGCGAUGAGGAGCUCGAGGAGGGCGGUCGCCAAAGCAGCGCCCGAAGUCUGGAGCACAAGUCGCGCUAUCGCAAUGCGCAUGCGCAGCAGGAAGCGCAGAAGAACAAGCAAGUGGUCAAGUUGGUUACCACGGGCAGCAAAAUUGUUUUCCUAGAGGAUGCGCCAGCGUCCAAGAUCAAGCCCAAGUCCAAAGACGAGGUCAAGGUGGUGGCGGUGAGUGUUAGCUCCUCCAGCAAGCGUGGCGGACGCAUAAGUCGCAAUCAGCAGCAGCCAGGCAGCUACCAAAGGAGCAGCAGCUCACCCAGCGCUGCUGGCAUUGACUUUGUCAAUCGCUCGCAUAAAAGCGAGCUAACCAUAGAGGAAUCCGAGCCACGCGUAGCGCCUGACGUCAUGGAUGCCGAGAGUGAUUCGCUGAACAGCGCCUCCAAUAUACAAAACGUCUUGGCGGCGCCACUGCUGGCAGCAGCAGCUUCCAGUCGCAGCAGCAGCGCCGUGGCCUAUCGCACGGGGCGCAAUGCAACGGAGGCAGCAACUGCGACAGCGACAGCGACAGCAGUCGAUGACAAAUUGCUGCCAUUUCAGACGGUGAUCUAUCACGACUCGAAGCAAGGUCACGGGCCGCAGUCAAGAUCAAUAUCAUAUAGCUCCAUAUCGCAGCAUGUGGACGAUUUGCAGCUUACUGGCGGCGGCUGGCAGCGCUCAGCGGGCAUUUUGGCCGAAGCGCAGCGUAAUGUAAGCGAAAGCCUCAAGCCCAUGCCACGCCUCGCCUCAGAGCCCUCCAAGUUCUACUCUGUGCCGGCCAAAAUGUACAGCUUGCCGGCCAAGUUUUAUUCAGAGCCCGCCAAGGUGUACUCGGAGCCUGCCAAGAUGUAUGGCCAGCCCGAGAAAGUUUACUCCGAACCGGCCAAAGUGUAUGGCGUACCCUCGAAGUUUUAUUCAGAGCCAGCGAAAGUCUAUGGAGAGCCCGCCAAGACCUACUGGCCUACAACUGUGGGCACGACCAGCACGCCCACAACACCAAGCGCUGUUACAGUGCCCACAACAGCAGCAGCCAUUGCUUUGACGAGCACAACAGCAACACCAGCAGCAGCAACAGCCAGCAGCACGUUUGUGCCCUCGCGUCGACCUGCAAUUGUCUCAAGGAUUGCAUUCGGCGAGGCGCAGAGCACGACCAGCAGAUCUAUAACAAGCACAACAACAACGGCAACAACAAGCAGCAGCAGCAGCAGCAGCAGCAGCCAUAAGCCAAGCACUUGGCAGCAACAUUAUCACAGUGGUCAGCAGCAUCAGCAGCAGCAGCAUCAUUUUCAGCAGCAGCUGCGUCAUAAAGCGCCGCAUCGCGUACUCUUCAAUUUGGAUAAAUUGCCUUAUGAUUUAUUAAAUGCACCGCAGCCCAAUGCUAAUCCAAGCCAAGACUACCAGCAACGUCCAUGUUGGGAGCAACAGCAGCAGCAGCAGCAUCAACAACGCCAGCAUUCAUCAUUGUCGCUUCAACAUUCUAAUCAAAAUGCCAAAGGAUUGCCCAAUCGAGAUCUAGUCAAGUGUGUUGCCAAAUUCGCACAUCAGCAGCAUCAACAGCAACAUGCUGCGCCCGCAGCAGCAGCCGCAGCCAUCAGCGCCUAUUCGUAUAGUUCCAGUUCGAGCAGCACAUCUUCAUCCUCAUCCGCUGCUGUUGCUGCUGCUGCUGCUGGCGCUGCUGCUCCAUCAUUGCCACACUUUACCACAGAGCGUGCCGAGCUUUAUACACCGACCCCAGAGCAAAAUUACGAAAUUGAAGAGUCCGUUAGUGUUAUGACAAACGGACGAGCCCAUGGUGUACAAGCUGGCGGCGUUAGUGGAGGCAGCAGCAGCAUUAGUAACAGUCCACUUAGCACUACAGCAUCGCCAGUUACAACAACAACGCGCGCUCGCAAUCGCGGCAUAGACAGAGGACGCGGCACGGUGGUGUACAACGCCAACGCAAAUGCCAACGACUAUGAUGGCGAUGGCGAUGGCGAAGAUGCUAACAAUGGUGAGGGCGACGGCGACGGCGGCGCUGAAGAUGAAGAUAAAGUGGCCUAUGUGGUCGAGGGACGCAACUACCGCAAGUAUCGCGUAGAGGAGAAGACUGACGAUGGGUUUAUAGUCGGCGAGUAUGGUGUGGUGGACCACAACGAUGGCAAUUUGAGCGGUGUGCGUUAUACCGCCGACUCGACCAUUGAUCGCAGCCUCAUACAAAAGGCGUUGUUGACAUUCUUGAAGCUGAAGUAGUCGGCGAGCGCGCAGCUGCCACAGCUGCAAACAUUUUAUACACAUGUGAUCCAAGUCGUAUUGUAGUUAUUGUAGCUUAAAUUAAAUCUAAAGUAGCCUUCAUUUGUUGAAUCCCCAGUGGGCAGCAGUUGGAUUUCAAAAACCCCAAGCAGCCACAGUCCUCUGCCUUGUGUAUCUAGCAUAAGUAUGUGUGUGUGUGUGUGUGUGUGCGUGUAUUUGUUUAAUAUGUAGUUAAUUUAUUAUAGUUGUUGGUAUUAUAAUUUAAUAUGCUUAACUUAAUUUAAACGAGAACAAUUUUACCUAGCAACUUGCCAUAAUUUAAAUUUAGUAUUUUACUUGGCACCGACAAUGCACUAAAACUAUCCUAAUUAGCGCGUAAGUGUGUGUACAAUAAAUGGCGUCAAUUAAUAAAUAAUAAAACACAACAACAAAAA